AUGUUCACCAAGCUACUGCUGUGCGACCUGGACCAGCUGUCAGACCUGCUGCACACCAGACCCCAAACCACCACCCAGGGACUCAUCACCAAACGGCGCCCAGAAAAUGUUUGCUACCACCCUCUCGCAAUUAACGGAGACACCAGCUUCCCGGUCUGUGGAAACGCCGUCAGCUCGAGCCUUCUCGGAAGAUCCCCUGGAACUCCCAGCACACAACUUCACGCAAGUGACGUACAAAUCAGAAGCGUAGUCACUUGA